AUGAACACAUUGUACUUUGAUUUUUGGGAACAGGAGUUGGAAAAUAAGAACAAGAGCACUGGCGGCUAUGAAGAAUUGGUUAUUAAGGUAAAGGAAAGCGUGACUUUACAACGAAGAGCACGAAGGAUUUUGGGACAGUUAAACAAGACUUUCAACCAAACAAAAGAGGGGAACUGUUGGGGACAUAACAAUUUGGUGCUACCGAGCAAAGAUGACUUGACACGAUUUUCCCUACCGAAUAUUCCACGUUGUUACCAAUACACAGCAAACGGAGUAUUUCCAUUUAGCUCAUGGAAACUACACAACGACAUUGACCAACAGGUGGUCCCAAAAGAGUUGAAGGAAAAGCUGACUGUGAGCAAACAGAAUUUGGAAAUAUUGAAGGAAUUGAGAAAUGACAAGCGUCCCUCAUUCAAUGAAUCGUUCUGCGACCUAUUAGGAAAACAAAAAAUAAUGGGGUUUUAUAUAGUGCCCGAAGAUCAGAUUAGUAAGAAAACCGCCGCUUACAAAACUUAUUACAAACGUGUCUCUGGCGAAUUAAUGCCAGCUAAAUUACAGCAUGAAUUUGACACUCUUAUGGAUGAAGAGCUAGUUAACAUUGUAGAGUUCUACCAAGACUUCGAUGAAACGGUUAGAAUGAAACCUUUUAGGUAUCAAGGGUUUAGCAAGUUCAUCUUGGAAAUAAAUAUACCCUUUCAUCAACACAAAAAGAGAAAUUUAGAAUUCUUGUUGUGGAAAAACUCCAAUUCGCCUUUACCAGAGGAUAACACUAUUUUCAAGAGUUUGGAAAGCAAAGUAUUCAACGCUAGUUUCCACGAGUUUGAGUUUUACAGACUCCCAAUUCGUGGUUUCGAUAGAAAGAACAGCAAAAAAAGGCAAAGAUUUCAAUUCAGGUCAAAGCAAGUUUGGAGACUUGACAAGGAGAAACUGAAGCAGAUAAAUUGGAAUCCGUUUAGAGCCCUAAAGAAUUUACAGUUAUGCACACUGCUAGAUAAAGACAGAAUCAAACAACAGUAUUUCACACUACCAAAAGCACCUCCUUUUAAUCAAUAUCUACGUUGUGGGGAGCUUGAUCUAAUAGACAUGGAAAGAAAGAUGUUUACCAACCUUACUCUGCUCGUUCAGACACCUGUUGAACAGAUCGAGGAAGAGAAAAAUAACUUAGAUAUGACAGUUUCUGCAAACGAUGGAAAAGAAACCCCAAUCAAUGUGAGGUCCUCGAGCGUCGAGGUUACACAACCGAGUAUCAACACCUCAAGAAUGGCACUAAAGAGGUCUUUUAUUGACGACGACUUGCGUUCUCUGCUGGAACUGAAGAGGAAAAAAAGGAACAAGAAACAAAAAACUGGUGACGAUGAAUCCGUGAACAAUACUACUAUUUUAGAACUUCUAGAAUGUGGGACAAUAAUCCAGGAAACGAACGUUUCAGCAGAAAAGAUCGAGCGUGUACGAACACCUAUUGUGGAACAUUCAAAACCAAAGUCUCUGUGCAAUAAGUUUGUAAGCGCCAUUGAUCUAUCAAAUAAGAUUGCUAUCUUGAAUACCACAUUGUUGAAAAAAAACCUUCUUAUAUUGCAGAAUCUUGUUCAAAAUGGUGCCAACAUUGUGGAAUUGCAACUCCCAACCCCGUGUGACUUUAUCCUCGACAGCACAACCUGUCUACUGCGCUUGGAUAUAGCCCAAUUUUUCCAGAAAACCCACCAUGGUAAAUUAAUGUACCAAACGCAGAUAUCAAAGCUUCUCCGGGAGUAUCACAAGGUCAUCAUAUUGGUAGAGUAUUCCAAAGGGUUUGAAGACUACGACCCCGACAUCUUCUGGAAAGUACGACUCUUUUUGGAGAAUCCGCGCUGCGAAUGCUCCUUUACUACGAGUGAACUUAGCGCGGUCUCCUACUGGAUACAAUGGUACAUCACACGAUAUUCACCAAACACUGGGUACAAUAUGGAUGAUCUGGAGGAGACCCAAGAAAGCAAAUACCACGAAGUGUUGUCGUUCCUAUCGAUCAACCCGUUCGCCCUGCAAGAUAUCGUGAACCGCUUCACUCUACCAGAGUUUCUGUUCUAUAUGUCCCCUGGGAACGAAAACCCAUUUUUGAAAGGUGUACUGACCAAGUCACAACGUCACAGAACGGAGCAACUGCUGUCACUACACUGGUAG